AUGUCAUUUGAUAUCAAUUGGUCGGAACUUGUUUCAGAUGAUUCGUUGAAUGAAGCAAUCAAAGAAUUUCUUGAUAAUCAGUUUCAGAGUAUAUCGCUUCCGUCGUUCAUUGACAAUUUGUCGGUGACUGAUUUCAGUCUUGGAAACUCACCACCAGAAGUGACUAUUCGUCACAUAGGAGACCCAUUCGAUGAGUUUUAUGAAGAUGAGGGGGAUGACGAUGAAAGGGAAAGAAAAAACGUUUAUACGCAGCAAGGUGUUCCGGGAGAUAGUAAUUCCAGUGAUGAGGAAGACGAUGAAUACGACGGAGAUAGAAGUAACGAUUUGUCAAUAAUAACAGAAGACCCGAAUAUACAUGCCUUCAGUAAUGAUUCUGGUCGAUCUAGACUUGCAAGUCCUCCGCCAGCUCCACCCACGGACCUCAAGAGAUCUCGUACUGCGCUGGAUCCGUUCUCGUUGAUUAUGGGGAAUAAUAAUUUAAACUAUAUGCAUAAUUAUAAUAUGAACUAUGUUGGGCUUGGGAACCUCAAUGCCACUGGAACUCACACAGGCACUGAUACCCCAACUAAUAUACUUAAUCAAAACCCGUAUGCCACCCUUAAAAGUAAUCCCACGUCGUAUUACAAGAAUAAAGAGCUGUCUAAAUUUUCGGGUAGCGAUGCCUACAAAAGUGGCUUAAGAAUGACAUCGAAAGAGCCUUGCUCUUCAAGAAGUGAGAAUGAUAUUCAAUUAAUUGCCGAAGUUAAAUAUAAUGGUGAUAUGCAUUUGGAGCUUACGGUAAACUUAUUAGUUAAUUACCCGUCCCCUAACUUCAUAUCAUUACCCAUUAAACUACACGUAACAGAUCUAGUGAUACAUUCGAUAAUAACCAUCGCAUAUUUGAAAAGCUCAGUUUACAUAUCAUUUCUUUGUGAUGUCAAUGAUAUAAAUUCGGACUACUUCACGUCAAGCAGUCAAAACCCCACAACGCCAGACAAUAUAAAUGGGUCCAUCAAUGCUGGGGGUAACUUUGUAGACUAUAUUUCGGGGCCGAUAAACAGAGAAAGAAUUGAUAUUAUUAAAAAAGUAAAAAUCGAAUCCGAAAUAGGUGAAGCUGAACAGAAUGCUUUGCGUAAUGUCGGUAAAGUGGAAAGGUUUCUAGUUGAACAAUUACGAAAUAUAAUAAGAGAUGAAUUUGCAUGGCCCAGCUGGAUCUGUUUCGACUUGAAUGACGUUGAAGAUGAUGAAAGUGAUGAUCAAGAACAAAGAGAUGAUCAAGAGGAAACUUAA